GCGGGCGGCCUCCUCGCCCUCGCGACCGCGACUCUCCCGCCGGGCCCGGCAUGCCGGCCUGAGUGCUCGCGCCCGCGCGCCCCCAUCGAGUGCUCCGAGACCAGCGACGACCGCGAGAGGAUGACUCGGCUCCACGCGCGCCUUCUCCUGUGCCUCGCUCUGCCGCUCCUCGCAUGGCCCGCCCGAGGCAUCAGCGAGCCGUCAUCUAGAAGGGAGAAAAAUGCGGAGCUGGGGACGGAAGUGGAAUUGCCGUGUGCCCUGGAGUUGCCUAAGUGCAACGGACUCCACAGCAUCAAGUGGUACCGAGGUCCAAAACGCAUAUUCGUUUUCAGCGAGGGAGCCGGUGUCACCCGAGGCAACAGCAGUGUCGCUGCCAGGGCGGACAUGAUUUACGUGGCCAACACCAACGUGACCUUCCUGAAGAUCCCCAACGUGCAGCUCGAGGACGAGGGACUGUACAAGUGCGAGCCUACCUAUCUGGCCGUUAAUCGCGAGUGCAACAACGUGCAGCAUAUUUCGCUCAACGUCACGGUGCAACCAAGCUUUGUACGAGUGACGGACGAGGAGACGAAUGCAAUUCUGAGUUCCGGCACGACCCUGGGCCCGAUCAACGAAGGAACCGAAAUUUCAUUGAACUGCGAGAGUGGAGAAGGAAAACCCGUCCCAGUCGUCGAAUGGUACAGUGGCAACAGGAGCUUAGAAGCCACUAGCAGACUAGAAAUAAACGACAAUGGGAUUGGAACCGGAAGCAGCAGACUGGAGAUGCAGAUCACGCGAGACGAAUUAGGUGCUACUUUCACCUGUAGAGUCGGAAGUCCGGCUCUUCGCGAGCCCCUGACCAUCGACAUCCACCUCGACGUAAACGUUCGACCAUCGAAGAUGAACUUGACCGGCUUUGCGGGACACGCGGUCCAGGAGACGAACAUCCUCUUGCAGUGCGUUGUAAACGGAGCGAGACCAGCGGCCAAUGUCACUUGGUACAACGGAACAACGCCCUUGGGAGAAGACAGGACGCGAUUUAAGAUGUUCGAGACCGAAAUCACUAACGAAAGCGACGGGACGUACAAAACUGACAGCCGUCUUGCAUUCACCGCGAAAGAAUUUGACAAUGGAAAGACUUUCAGCUGCCACGCCGAAAACACCGUCACUCGCGAAGAGGGCAUCAAGCCCAUGAAAGUGGCGCAAGCGAUUGAAGUUUGGUAUGUACCGAUAGUGAGGAUGAAGCCUGACAACAUUACGGUGAACGAAACCGAUAAUUUUUUAAUGUUUUGCGACUACGAAGCGAACCCGGCGACGUUGAACUCCGUCAAAUGGUUACUUGACGGGGAAGAGCUCACCUUAAACAAAGAGCACUACGAAGGCGGGAUUACCGAGCAAACGGCACUUAUGGUAAAAAACGCAACACAAGCCGACAUGGGCACUUACACUUGCAUUUUGUCGAACGACAUCGGUGAAUCCAAGACGGACGACUACGUCGAUGUCUCAGUAUUGUAUAAGCCGGUGGUGGAGGUAACUAUGGAGCCUGAAGCACCGGUAAACGAAGCCGACCAUCUCAACGUUUCUCUCGUCUGCAACCUGCUCGACGGAAACCCGCCGACCCUGACUGCCGUUCGUUGGUAUUUGGACGGGGAUCUGCUCAAAGAACUACCCGAUUGCCCCCGCAACGCGACGCCUCCGACGCCGGAGGAGACCUCCACCUACUGCGACAUCGACCCCAGCAAGCUGCUGCUGGAGGCUGUCGGAAGGUCCUUCCACGGGAAUUACUCCUGCGUGGGCAGGAACGACGCCGGAUGGGGCUUCGUAUCGGCCAACACCUCCGUCGUCGUCCACUAUAAGCCAGGUCCAGCCUCGAUAUCGUACGAGCCCAAGCAGGUGAUAAAAAAAGGACCUCUGAACAUCACAUGCUCCGUGGAGGACCCGGGACGACCAAAAGCUACGGGAUACAAGUGGUUCCGCGGUUUGCAUCGCCUUCCCGACGAGAACAAUGCCCUCCUCAGGAUCGAGUCCGUAAACCUGGAAGAAGAGGCCAAUUUCACGUGCAUGGCCUACAACGAGGCCGGUGAUGGCGAUCCCGUAACAACCUUCAUCGAUGUUUCGGCCGCUCCUGCAUUUAUCAAGAAGCUGUCAACCUAUCAGGGAUACGUGUACAACGCUCCUAACGUUAGCAUCGAGUGCUGGGUGGAGUGCGCGCCUAUCUGCAAUAUCACCUGGCUGAAGGACAACGUGCCAAUAAACUUCGCCAGAACGGACAAGUACUAUGUUUCGAACGUGUUCCACCCUCCCAGUCCAAGUUCGAAUGAUUUCGAGAGCGUGCAAUCGACUCUCAUCUGGAAUUUAACGGCGAGGCCGGGGGGUCAACUGGACCGUUUCAGCGACAGCGUGCUGUUCACCUGCGAGAGCACCAGCAACGGGAUCGGCCCCGGUGUCAAGAGCAGCACGCACUUCCACGUCGAAUUCCCGCCGGAGAAUAUGACCAUCUCCGAGAAGGUGAUCAACGUCGUCGUGGAUCACAUCCCGAAGAACGUCCUGUGCGGCGCGAAGGCGCAUCCGGAGCCGACGUUUAGGUGGUAUCGAGAGGACUCCACGGAGACCAUCCUCGAAGGUAGAAUUCUCACCUUCAAGACGUCGAUCCCCAGAAGGAGUGCCGGGACGUACUUUUGCGAGGCCAGCAAUCGCCACGGAAACCGAACCAUCUCCACCUACAUGAACGUGCAAUACAAACCCGAAUGCCGAAUCGAUAGAGACCGGGUGGAUGGCCAAGACUACGUCGUCUGUUCCGCCAUUGCGAAUCCGAAAGAAUCGGGUUUCAGUUGGUCAUUGAAGAACGACAAUGACACCUUGGAGCAAGUUUCCGAGGACCGGAAUGAAAAGAGUUACCUUCCGCUGGACGGUUCCGUCAGUAACUUCCGGACGUAUAUUUGUGUUGCCAACAAUUCCAUCGGGUUCUCCUCCCCGUGCGAACGCACCGUCCCAGGCAACGUGCCAUGGUGGUCCAGACUGUUGGGCGAUCUCUUGAUCGUCGUCAUCGUCGCGGCAGUCAUCAUCCUGGUGGUCAUCAUCGUCGUCUGUAUCGUCAUAUUCCUCCUCUGCCGACGAAAGCGCAAUCAGGUCAAAUAUCCCAAUCCAGCGGCAAACAAUAACCACGUGGACAGCAUUUCGGAAGGUCUUCCAGAGCCAGAGACGAAGACCUUCUACGAAAACCUCCCAUUUCAUGGGAUACAAACGCCCCCCAACAAGCCCUUCAAGCCGGAAUUCUCGGAUCUGGAUUACGCCGACGUGGAUUACCGAUCCUACGGGCCGAUCAACUACAAAGCAGCCAGCAUCGCCUUACUUCAGAACCGGAAGCAGCAUCCGCAACAGGAAAGGAAACCGCAGAUGUACGGAGCUCAAGAUGACAACGAGGAGUUGCUUUGAAGAAGGUUGCCCUUCCCAUCCAGGAUUCGAGUGGCUUAAUCGGUAUGAAGACGUCCUCUUGUACAUAGCCAAAGAACUCUGACGCUAUUAGGUGUAAUCUGGGAUCAAAUUUGAUAUUCGUAUUCGAGGGCGGUCGAUCAAGACGAAGAACGUGCAGAGUCCCUCUGUCGAGUAAAGUCUUGCAAAGUCCACUUAGGAGGAAAGUGCCCCUUCGAGUCCCGAACGUUUCACGACUGCGAAGCUUGCCGUUGCGUGCAAUAAACUGAUUAUCGUUAAACGGCGAUUUCGAUAACGAGCCGAACGUCGGACGAGUGAAGCUUGCCGGACAAGACGUUGCCUCCCCCGUGCUCGCGGAUCGUACUUUUGAUCGCCUUAAAGAUGCGUUAUGAGAUUAUUAGAUAUACCAAAAGUAUCCCGAAACGUUCAACCAGUAGACCCUCGACAUUCGGAAUUUUCUGUUAACCCGGAACUGAGGAAUUCCACCCACCGUUUGAAAUGUCAAAACCUUUAGUUAACGUUUGGUGACCAGAGAUACGAUCGAGAUCGACUGUCACGAAACGAGGACGCCAUUUCUUCGACUUGAGGUGUUCGCCCCGGAAAUAUUAACUUUGGGAAAUUUAGUGUUCCAUAGUUGGUCGACACGUAUCGUAUACGUGGUUACUUUAGGGAAGUAUGUACAGAACUGUUGUCGAUAAAGCCUACUUAUAGGACCCGUAAAUCGUACCCAGUAAGGAUCGAGCACUCGAGACGAUUAUUAGACGUACAUUUGUUGAUACUAUAAGAAAGUUCAUCCACCUCGUUUCGUUAUAUCGAAUAUCGAGAUAUAUUACUUAUAAUCGUUCCUUCGUCCAUUGCCUCGCGACGUACCGACUCCCGAUCUCGACGACUCGACGCCUUCGAAGUCGCUUUAAAUUGUCAACCAUUGUUACGUUUUGUUACACUUGUCGGAAUCUUUUAUCCACCUCGAAGCGCGACAACGUAUCAUGUUUGCGGCACGUAAGGUUGUUCAGAUGUUUAUCGACUAGCUGUUAAAUUAAUUGGCUCCGACGCGUAGGACUACUCUCGGGAAAAGUUAACCUAAGAGGUGUUAUGCCGUGUAAAUAUGGAAAGGUGCUCGUUACUUUGCAUCCAACAUUAUGGAGCGAAAGUCGAUCGUCGUCCCCGAUGCAACUUGGCGAGAGUGCCGCCACAAUUUCGAGGCAAUAUCGUAAAAUCGAGUCUCGGACCGGAUGAAUCCAUUAUCAUUCGCCAUUUAUAAAAACGAAUCGGUAAAGAUGUACUAUCACGAACGAAUGGAUAUAUCGAACACGUAUGACUUUUUCAAAUCGUCCACUUUGGUCAAGUCACCUCGGUGACGACGAAACGAGGCACCGGGUAAAUGCGUGCGAUAUUCCGUCCGUGACGUUGUUAAAAGGAGAGAUAAUAAGUGAUAUCGUCGUUACUUUCGAAGACGUCGAGUUUCGCACCUCCGGUCUCGUCGGCGCGGCGAACAUCAGCACGCGCGCGUUUAACUGAAAGAAAAAAAAAGUGAAUAAUAAAUUGCCGGGUGUGCACAGGGUAUAAAAUUAGUUGUUGUUCUCGUUAGAUAUUGUACGACGUUGUUGCAUGUAAAGAGGCAUUUUGCGAUGGAAACCGUUGAAGAGACGAGACAGGGGUCGAAUCGUUGCCCUGGGAGGAGGUACGACAUCGCGAAGAGUCCCGCACAAGAUUUCCGGACGUCGGUCGAAUUUCAUAUGAAUAAACAAUUGAAAUUUUGUUAACCCGCUUAACUCCACCCCCUCGCUCUCGUUGAACCCGACGCUUCCGCGGUUUAUUCGUCACCAUGUCCUAUGAAUAUCCAUGUAUGUAAAGAUUUAUCGAGUUAAGCUAGCUUUUAAGGGUAAGUUAAAAAUCUGAACGUGCCAAUAGAUGUCCACGAUCCCUUUCGAUGCGUCCAACGAGCAUCUCGUGUACAUUCGAGAGUACAUCGUUCCUCGGAGCGACUGCAAAUCCCACCUCGAGGGGUAAGGAAAUUCUCGUAAAAAAACAAAGAAAAAAGAAAAAGAAAUCUCGACGCGUUUCCACAUUGUGCCGUUAUUCGAUAGAAUUAUCCGGAAACGACGAAGACUCGGCGCGAAAGUGUAAAAUAUUACCGAGAUAACGCCAACGUGCGAUCGCGGCCUCUUAGCGAGCCGCGUGUAAAGAUAUGUACAUAUAUAGACAUUUCCCUAUCAUCGCGUACCCAUCGUAGUUUCAUUGCAAAUAUCACUCAUAUCUCCGAGGUCUACGCUGGAAAAAAAAAGAAAGAAACAAAAUUCGCCACGAGAUAGAUUCACCUUUUUCACCCCUCGAAACCUCUUCGCGAUUCCUUUUCCACCGCUUUCAGAAAGUACGCGGGUUAGGCUUGAUCGCCGAUUAAAUCCGAUCGAUCUGAGCCACCGAUUAUGCGUUUACCCUCCUAAUUUCAACGGAUGCAGCACAGAGGUAACCAUUUUUUAUCGACUGCGAACGAUUCCGAAGAAUUUCGCGACUGGUUCCGUUUUUUAGGCCGCGCCACUGUAACGUGUACUUAACGAGCAACUUCAUUGAGCUUUCCUAGAACCAUCCCACUUUGUACGGAAAGACUAUAUUUUUAUAGCGUUAAUUACUCCGACGUUUCUAAAAUCAUGUUCGGACUGUAAAACUCUACAUUGAGUCUCGUACCGUAUCCGGUUAUUAGAGACAGUAUCACUAACGAGGGAAAUUGCAACCUUGUUGCGGUACAUCGUUCGGAUUCGCGAUUAGCGAAGGGACGUCAAAUAACGUCGUUAACUGUGCAAAGUGUCGUUAAUUUUUGGUAAUCCGUGCACAAAUUCAAGCGUUCGGAGUCUCGCGAUGCGUCAUCGACGUCAUUUUCUUUUCUUUUUUUUUUCUUAAUCGCGAUGCCAUUUUCGCACAGUCGUUUCGGCAGAUACGCGUUCUUCCAUUAUUCCGCAUAUAUUUUGCUAAAGUCAAACACAAGUCGUGACAUAUCAAAAUUGACAACGGCUCGAUGACCCGCUAAAUCCCUGAAUUAAUUGAAAAUUAUCCCCGCGACUCAUUUACUGGGUACUUCGAAAUUAGGAGCAACGUUCAUUUUCUUUGUUACUUUUCCUCCCUCUAGUUCACGCGUGUACAUAGGUGUAGUAAUUAUUUAUCGUCCGUAUCUAUUUCCGGUACGCGACUCUCGACCGAGCGUUUUGUAACAUUUCACUGUUUAUACUUCUGCAUAUAUUAUUCGCCUUAUGAUCCCUGCGGAACGGAAAUCGUUUACACGCGACGUGCACAUGCGUUUAGCGAAACAAGAUCCGCCGUGGGUUGAACGACUAGCCUAAGUUGUAUCAAAGAGUGUACAUGAAUAAAUCGUGCGGACUAAAAUCCUGAGGCUUCGAUUAAACUUUAAGCGAGUCAAUCGGCACAAGAAAACGGCGCUAAACCUCACCAAAUGCGUUCCCACGAGAUUCCGAAUAACGUGAUAUACGAUUGAUAAAGUCAUGAACAACGGAUCUGGUUAUAGCCAACGCUUUACGGCCCUCCUCGUAAAACGAUAAAGAGGCCUCUAACGAGUUUUUACCACUUUCAAGUCACGCCAGAAUAUUAUUAUUCUUUUUUCCCCGCAAAUGGUUCAUAAAAGCCCAGGCCAGGAGUAGAGCAAGUAAGACAGAAUUGAAUGUCUCGACCAGGAAACGAUCUUUGAACAGUGCUAGAAAGGAGACUCUACGAUUAAUUAUUAUUACCUAACCGAUAAGUUAUACACGCACAGAUCCGCUGUCUGUGGCGAAUUUCCACGCAGGAACGACUGAGCAUGUUACUUUUGAUACUCUCUUAUCGAAAAUUGGUAUAUUUAUAUACGCGUCAUGAUUACUUACUCUAGAGGAUGCCAGUAUUUAUCAUUAUUUACUAACUAAGAACCAUCCACGAUCGCAGACACGUUGAAUACGUUGACACCGACAUACGAUAUAUUCGCUAAUAAUAUUGUGUAAUAUUCAAUGUGUGAUGUAUUUAGCAGAAUUAAAUGCUGAUGAUUAAACAUUGAAAGAUCUCUUGUCGCGUACGAGUGCCGAAGGAUUUCGCGUUAACAACUAUCGACUCCUCGUUCCAUCGACGUCGAUAUUGCCUCUCGUACGAUUUGACCAAGCUACCGUAAAAGCGCUUUUUCCCAGCGAGCCACUCUAGCAGGACAAUAGUUCGUCAAAUGUCAAUUGGAUGGACACCGAUUAACGAUUAUUCGACCAGGUGAACGUUACCACCCGGGUCACUCGAAUGCGAGCUACGAACUAAGUCGAUGUUAAUUAGGAAACUAAUUAAUUGUAGACGGUCGAAUAAACGAUUAUAAACCCG